AUGGCUCAAGCCUAUGGCCAGGCUUCUUUGAACUUCUUUGUAUUUUCUCUGAACCAGGACUCUUCAGUCAUCUUGGAAAAUGCUCAAAAGCUUCUUAUCCUUGAAAAAUAUAUCUAUAUAGACUUCUCAAAACUGAGAAUUGACAAACUUAAGCUUUCAAAAACAUUUUUGUUGCAACAGAAUGGAGUACGACACUGCUCCUACUCGGCAUCAAGGAAAAAUCUGUAUAUUAACAAAAAUACAAAGGUUAUCUGUCAGGGUUUUACAGGCAAACAGGGCACCUUUCACAGCCAGCAGGCGUUGGACUAUGGCACCAAUCUAGUUGGAGGAAUUUCUCCAGGGAAAGGGGGAAAAACUCAUCUGGGUCUGCCUGUGUUUAAUUCUGUGAAGGAGGCCAAGGAACAAACUGGUGCUUCUGCCACUGUUAUAUACGUACCUCCUCCGUUUGCUGCUGCUGCGAUCAACGAAGCAAUCGAUGCAGAAAUGCCCUUAGUUGUAUGCAUUACUGAAGGUAUUCCUCAGCAGGACAUGGUUCGGGUUAAACACAGACUGCUUCGGCAGGAUAAGACUCGACUAGUGGGCCCAAACUGCCCUGGAGUCAUCAAUCCUGGAGAAUGUAAAAUUGGCAUCAUGCCUGGUCACAUUCACAAGAAGGGAAGAAUUGGUAUUGUGUCAAGAUCUGGAACGCUGACAUAUGAAGCUGUUCAUCAGACAACGCAAGUUGGAUUGGGGCAGUCUUUCUGCGUUGGGAUUGGAGGCGAUCCCUUCAAUGGAACUAAUUUUAUUGACUGCCUUGAUGUUUUCCUGAAGGAUCCUCAUACUGAGGGGAUCAUAUUGAUCGGGGAAAUUGGAGGAAAUGCUGAAGAAGAUGCAGCAGCAUUCUUGAAAGAAAAUAAUUCUGGUCCAAAUGCCAAGCCGGUUGUGUCAUUCAUAGCUGGUCUGACCGCUCCUCCAGGCAGGCGGAUGGGUCAUGCUGGAGCAAUCAUUGCUGGGGGAAAGGGUGGAGCUAAAGAGAAGAUAGCCGCUCUUCAGAGCGCUGGCGUUGUUGUCAGCAUGUCUCCUGCUCAGCUAGGUAGCACCAUCUACAAGGAGUUUGAGAAAAGGAAACUGCUGUAAGAGAAGACGCUUUGGAAUACUGUCUCCAAAACCAGUGCAGCACCUGGCCUCUGCUUGUCUUUUGUCUGCUAAUCUUCAGUUGCCCAAAUGACUGACACUGGUCUAUGAAUUUGACUUGGAAGCCAUAAACCUCCUGGCUAAACCUGUUUUGAUGUCUCCUUGGUUCAGACCUUAUCACCUCACUGUAAAUCACAGCAAAUUAAUAAAUCUACUACUAAAUCUGAUCCAU